GCAGCUUUACUGACCUACCGAACGUCGCUGUCGGCGGUCGAUCGUGAUCUCGAAGGGCAUCGCUUCUCUGCGAUUCCGAGAUUGGCGGCGAGGAUGGGGGAUACGGGGAAGAGAGUCUUGUUGACGUCCAGCGGGGACGAGAUCUCCAAGGGCAUCGCCUAUCACUUGGCCAGAUCUGGUUGCAGCUUGGUUUUGCUGGGUAAUGAGAGUCUACUACAGCAAAUGGUAGAGGAGUUACUGAGAUCCUUAAAUGAACCCGCUUUGGUCAAAGUGGUUGGUUUGAAUAUGGAAGAAGACCAUGAGGACAUCUUUGAUAAAGCUGUGGGUGUGGCCUGGAGGAUUUUUGGAACGAUUGAUGCGUUUGUCAAUUGUUAUUACCAUGAAGGUAAAAUGCAAGAAUGUCUACAAGUGACCGAACAGGAGUUCAGAAAGACAGUGAAAAUUAAUUUUAUGGCACCAUGGUUUCUUCAAAAAGCAGUUGCAAAGCGGAUGAGAGAUUAUAAAACAGGAGGAUCUAUUGUUUUCAUAUCCCAAAUAUUAGGGGCAGAAAGAGGCUUGUAUCCAGGUGCUGCUGCCUAUGGCUCAAGUUUGGCUGCUGUACAACAAUUGGUUCGAUUAUCAGCCAUGGAGAUUGGUAAGUACAAAAUCCGAGUCAACGCCAUUGCCCGCGGUUUGCACUUGGACGAUGAGUAUCCUCGUUCUGUUGGGAAAGACAAGGCUGAGAAGUCUACUGAAGAUGUAAUGCCUCUGUUGAGAUGGCUCGAUCCGAAGAACGACCUCGCUUCCACUGUGAUAUACUUGGUGGGAGACGACUCGCGAUACAUGACCGGCACUACCAUCUUCGUGGACGGAGCUCAAUCCAUUGUAAGGCCUAGGAUGCGUUCUUACAUGUAGGUUAGUGCAGCUUUCUCAGAGUGUUCUAUUUCCAGUCGUCCAAUAAUGCCUUACUCCUGUUUAUUGUUUAAUGGGCAAAGGAUGACAAGCUUAAUUAUCUUGUCAUAGAGUUUUGAUUGUUUCAAAGUUCAAAUCUGCUGACUGUGGCCGGUAUAUAUCUCGAGUCGAACUCCUUAACCAAAUAGUUUGAUAUAAACGAUAUUUUGUAUCAAAAUUAUGUUAAACUUCAUGGAACUUUGAGUAUUUCAGUAUCAGUAUUUAGAUUUA